UCAUGGUUAGGUGAAGAUACAAAAUGGGCAAAAAUAUCGAUCUAUAACCAUAUUAUUUAAUUCAAAACGAACAUUACUAGUAGUAGUUAAUAUAUUUAUAUUAGUUAAUUAAUUAAUUACUAUUAUAGUUUGACAAAACAUUUUGCACAUAAAUAUCUAUAGCACUUUGAAAACCCACAUAAUAAUAAUCUUUGAGAAGAAGAAGAAAUCCUCCUAACUAACAAAAUGUCAAUUGCAAAGAGAGGGCUUCAACAGUACUUGUUACAGCUUCAACAACAUCCUUUAAGAACAAAGGCGUUGACUGCUGGACUAUUGUCAGCGAUCAGUGAUAUAGUGUCUCAGAAGCUCACCGGCAUCCAGAAGUUGCAAAUUCGACGACUUCUUCUCAAAGUGCUUUUUGGGUGUGCAUAUCUUGGACCAUUCGGGCAUUUCUACCACUUGUUGUUAGAGAAAUUGUUCAAGGGAAAAAAAGACUCGUCAACGGUUGCCAAGAAGGUGUUGGUCGAACAAGUGACAGCUUCUCCAUGGAAUAACUUGAUGUUUAUGCUAUACUAUGGGCUUGUUAUCGAGGGAAGACCGUGGAUCCACGUGAAGUCUAAAAUCAAGAAGGAAUACCCAUCAGUACAGUAUGCAUCAUGGACGUUCUGGCCUGUAAUCGGAUGGAUAAAUCACCGCCACGUCCCACUUCAAUUCCGUGUCAUUCUCCAAAGCUUUGUUGCAAUGUGCUGGGGUAUAUUCUUGAAUCUAAAAGCAAGAUCAAUGACAAUUACGAAAGGUUAAAGCAUAUUAAAGGAUCUUCUCAAAUAAUAUCCUAUGCUUAUGCAGUUAUGCAGAUUUGCAUCUCAUUUUAGCUCGUAAGCUGUUAAUGGUUGGCUUGAUUUUAGUUGCUAUUAUUAUUGUUUUCAGUCUUUUUUUUUUAUAGUAUGCUAAAACAGCACGACGGGCUUCCAUCCUGAUCUCAUGUAUCGUAGUAUUAAACUUUGGAUUGUAUCAAAAUCUAUGUAUUAUAAAAAUGAUUCAUAGGAACAUAAAGAAUUUGGUUAGAUGUAAGUCAUUCGACAUGCUCAAUGAUCAGCCUACUUCAUUAUCUUA